AUGAUUGAACUAGCGAAACAUCGUUUUGUCUUUUGUUCCAUACUUGUUUUCCUCCUCGGUCGUCCAUCUGACACUGUUUGUAUCACACCAUUCUUCCCUCCGCCGCCCCCUCUCGAUUGUGCCAUUAUCUCAGCUGUCGUAUCUGCCGAUGAACGUCCGGAUCUCUUUCAAGCCUGUUUACCCGCCUUGGUGCGCCUGGGCGGCGCUUUCCCCAGUUUGGCACCGGUUAUUGUGCGGCUGGUACUUUCCGUUGGUGCGCAAAUCGGAAGCACAUUGUCCGAAGCCNCUCGAACCGCAUUACGUCUCAAUCUGAGCCUCGAUACCGGUACGUCCUGUCGCACACACGAUGCAUAG